UGCUGCCCCCAUUGCCUACAGCCCCCUCAGCCCCCUUGAGGGCCACCUCCCCAUCACAGCCUCUGGUGGGGACUCUCUCCCCUUCCAAGCAUCUCUUGAGGUCAGACAGCCUUCCACUUCUCACUGCACCGUCAUCAUCUUCAUGGGCCCCCGGUUCACCUCAUUCCAUCCCCGCUCCUAAGCCUGUAGAGCAUUCCACCAAAGUGCCUUUGUUUCCCCAGAUCACACCAGCUCAUUCUUCUUCAGGUCAGAGCCCGGUUACUGUCCUAAACCCAUUUUCUCACAAAACAAACCAUUUUCCACCCAGAAAUGUCGGGACAUUCACAGGGACCCCUCGUCUAGACUUUUCUAGAUCCUCAACAACGCAGUACUCUGAGCUAUCCCCAUCAGGGAGUCCCCGCUCAGCAGGUUCCCCCACUCCUGGGGUUCUGAGCUCCAUGGCAGACCUGGACCACCUGUCUCUGCCUUCCCUAGCCUCUGGAGGCCUUCCAGGUAGAAGCUCCUCGUGGUCCAUGUUGGAAGAGGCUUCAGGUUCUGCAUCCACCCAGCCAGUCCACACAGCGGGGGCUGUCCGAGGGCGCAGUGGGGGACCACUGCUGAUUAAUUUGAGCACAGCGGCCGCAAGCGAUGAGGCUUGGCCUCUACAUUUCCAGACUGCAGAGUCAGUGAUGAGCAGCAGAGAGCUAGCCCCUGCUCCUCCUGCAAAUAGCUCCGCCACCUGGCCACAUUUGUCAGAAGCGCCGGAGAAUUCCAGGAAGCCCACCCUCCCCCCAGAAAACACCCCUUCCUCUGUACUGGCUCCUGUGCCUCUCACUACACCCCGCCAAGGGCAAAUGGUCCCUCCUGAGGCCACUCCUGGAUCCCCACCGAAGGGGACAGGUGCCCCUCCCUCCCUGCUUACUAUCCUCCAGCCCACUAGAGAUCAUGCCUCCCUGGCCCCUGGGCCGGAGGCAUCCACUCCCCAGGAAGAUGGCCACGAUGAAUACCUUCCAGAUGCAGCCACACACCUCCUCUCAAGCAGAGGUCCUAAUCUUCCUCCUACAAUUUGGACAUUUCCUCAGCAAAAAGAGAACAGGGUGACAGCCAUUUUUGGGAAAAAUGGAAAGGCAAAGGGGACCGUUCCUCCGUGGGCCCUUUCAACUCAAGAGGCUUCAAGUCUUCAUGCAGUGAAUGAACUCACCUCUGAUUUUAACACAGGUCAUAUUUCACCUCUCAUCAAGACAGCACUAAGAACAGAGCUCUAUCCUUCAGGGUCACCUCCAUCAUCCAUGCUUGCCACACAAGGCCCUCAGGCAGGUUCUCCUGGCUCUUCCAGCACCAAGCUGGAGACUCUCACAGCUGUCACAAGCCUGUCUGCAUUGCCAGCUUCCGCUUCCAAACAGGUGACAGCGCUUCCCUCCUCCACUGAUGUCUAUGAUUUCCCAACAAUGGGAGGCAUGAGAAAGCCAGCGGCCACAGAUGUUUUCUGGAGCUCUCUUUCAGCAGAAACUGCAUCCCUCUCCACACAAUCGACCAUAUCUGGCUCACCGUGGCAAACGGAUCAUGAUUUAAACACUCACGCAAUUAACUCCACGAGUCGGGAACCUCAUCCAGCCUCAGCGACUCUUCCUGGUGGUACAACUCCAGCUGCCAAUGCGAUAGAAUCUCAGCAUUUCAAAGAGACUGCUGGGCAGUUGGUAACUACAGACAGCUUUAACUUUCAGGAUCUAGUCUUCGGUCAAAGUGGCAAUCAGCCCCUCCAACCAUCAGAAGGGGUCAUAGUUGAAAGCCAUACAGACCUCUGGCUCACAAGCAGAGACUCUGACACAGCGAUCAUUGAUAAUUACCCACCCACAAGUCAGCAUUCUAUGUCACAGCUGCCUCUCCGGCCAGCCCAUCCUCUGUGGCCAACCUGGCCAAGUUUAGCUUCUGCGGCUAGCUUGCAGCAAAUGCUUUCAGAUGGAACAGAUGCAGAUUCACAAAUUUCCAGUGACAUCUAUCUAUCACCCGGGAAAAAUGUCUCCCCGCAAUUCCAGAGUGUCCUGGAAUAUCAUUCCUCUUCGGACUCACCUUCCAUAUCAACUGGUGCCUUUUCCAGGACCCCCUCCAAAGUGCUGCGAACUUCUCGGCGCCCCAAGAAAUGGACAGGUGCAGCCACUAACGCAGUGGGAACCUCCGUGUCACCCAAGGGAGAGUCGACAGCGGCCGCCGCUGCCGCCACCGCCGCCGCCGCCACCACCACCACCACCCUGUUCCUGAGGAAGUCAAGCCCAGCGUUGCCAGCAGCCCUCACUGCUAAGGGCGCUGGCGGCGGCAGCAGCAGUUUAGCCAAGAGCAGUCUGACCACAGCUCUAGCUAAAAAUCUCACCCAUAAGGCGGCAUCAAGCCCAAAGGUGACAGCAGGGACAUUCCACACUGCCUUCCCAUUCACACCGACCUACAUGCUUGCCCGGACAGCACACAGCAUGAGCCCGCACACGGCCACCCAAGGGGCCACAGGCUCUGCUUCAGGCCUGUUGUCCACAACACACCUCCCCAAGAAACCACAAGCCAUGCACACUGGCCUCCCUAAUCCCACCAGGCCAGACACAGCCAGAGCAUCCACGACCCGCCCACUGACGGUCACAGCCGCACUCACGUCCAUGACAGCAUCGGUAAAGGCCACGAGACUGCCCUCUUUGCAGACAGGAAACACGGAUGCUGCUUUUCCAGCUGUGUCUACAGCAGUGGUCACGACGGGCAGAGUGGCCUCCAACUUGGACUGUCAGAUGUCCCCCAGGCUCCUAGUAAAGACAGUCCUCUUCCUAACCCAGAGGAGAGUGCAGAGCAGUGAGUCCUUGAAGCUUGGCGUAACCAAAGGGCUCACUCAGGCAUUGCGGAAGGCUUUCCACCAGAACGAUGUCUCCGCUCACGUGGACGUCCUGGAAUAUUCUCAUAAUGUCACAGUUGGCUAUUAUGCUACCAGAGGAAGGCUGGUGUAUUUGCCUGCUGUGGUGAUGGACAUGCUGGGUGUGUAUGGUGUCAGCAACGUCACUGCCGACCUGAAGCAGCACACCCCCAACUUACAGUCUGUGGCGGUCCUUGCCUCCCCUUGGAAGCCCCACCCUGCAGGUGCCUUCCAGCUGAAGACAGUGUUGCAGUUCGUAAGCCAGUCAGACAACAUUCAGUCCUGCAAGUUUGCCCAGACGAUGGAGCAGAGGCUGCAGAAGGCAUUCCAGGAUGCAGAGAGGAAGGUCCUCAACAGCAGGAGCAACCUGACGCUUCAGAUGGUGAGCACGUCCAAUGCCUCCCAAGCCGUCACGUUGGUGUAUGCUGUGGGCAAUCAGAGCUCGUUCCUCAACGGCACCGUGGCCAGCAGCCUCCUUAGCCAGCUCUCAGCUGAGCUGGUAGGAUUCUACCUCACUUACCCUCCACUCACCAUCGCUGAACCACUGGAAUAUCCCAACCUUGAUAUAUCAGAAACGACCAGAGACUACUGGGUCAUCACAGUGCUCCAGGGUGUGGACAACUCGCUGGUGGGUCUGCACAACCAGAGCUUUGCCCGGGUCAUGGAGCAGCGUCUAGCCCAACUGUUCAUGAUGUCCCAGCAACAGAGCCGGCGGUUUAAAAGGGCCACCACCUUGGGAAGCUAUACUGUGCAGAUGGUGAAGAUGCAGCGAGUGCCAGGACCCAAGGACCCAGCAGAGCUGACGUACUACACACUGUACAACGGGAAGCCGCUGCUGGGGACCGCGGCUGCCAAGAUCCUGAGCACGAUCGACUCCCAGCGGAUGGCCUUGACCCUGCACCACGUUGUCCUUCUACAAGCCGACCCCGUGGUGAAGAAUCCACCCAACAACCUGUGGAUCAUCGCCGCAGUGCUGGCGCCCAUCGCCGUGGUCACCGUCAUCAUCAUCAUCAUCACUGCUGUGCUCUGUAGGAAGAACAAGAGUGACUUCAAGCCGGAAACCAUGAUAAACCUGCCUCAGAGAGCAAAGCCCGUGCAAGGCUUUGACUACGCCAAGCAGCAUCUGGGCCAGCAAGGGGCAGAUGAGGAGGUCAUCCCUGUGACACAGGAAACGGUGGUCCUCCCCAUACCUGUCAGAGAUACUCCUCAGGAACGAGAAACAGCUCAGGAUGGGAGCACCAUCAAGACGGCUAAGUCCACUGAAACCAGAAAGAGCAGGUCGCCCAGUGAGGAUGGCUCUGUCAUCAGCAACGAAUCAGGGAAGCCCAGCUCAGGGAGGCGCUCGCCCCAGAAUGCAGUGUCACAGCAGAAAGUGACAAAGGAGGAGUCCAGGAAGAGGAACGCGACUGCAAGUGAUGAAGAAGAGGGAGCGGGUCUCUUUGACAGCACGGGCAAGGCGGCAGCCGAUCCCUUUGACACGUCUUCUGGAUCAGUGCAGCUCAUAGCCAUCAAACCCUCAGCUCUGCCUGCAGUGCCUCCUGCCUCAGACAGGGGCCAGGAGUCCUCAGUGGCACUCAAUGGCGAGGUGAACAAGGCUCUGAAGCAGAAAUCAGACAUCGAGCACUACCGGAACAAACUGCGCCUGAAGGCUAAGAGGAAAGGGUAUUACGACUUCCCUGCAGCGGAGACAAGCAAAGGAUUGACGGAAAGAAAGAUGUAUGAGAAGACCCCAAAGGAGGUGGAGCCUGUUUUGGACCCAGACCCAGAAGUGUGUGCUCCCUUCGCAGAGUCUAAAAACAGGCAACAGAUGAAGAGCUCUGUCUACCGAAGCCGGCAGUCUCUGAACAGCCCAAGCCCAGGAGAAACCGAGAUGGACCUUCUGGUCACACGGGAGCGACCCCGGCGUGGAAUCCGGAACAGUGGAUACGAUACUGAGCCCGAGAUCAUAGAGGAAACCAAUGUGGACAGAGUCCAUGAGCCCCGGGGCUACGGCAGGGCCCGGCAGGUGAAGGGCCACUCAGAGACCUCCACGCUGAGCUCACAGCCUUCCAUCGAUGAAGUCCGGCAACAGAUGCACAUGCUCCUGGAGGAGGCCUUCAGCCUGGCAUCCGCCGGCCAUGCAGGCCAAAGCCGGCACCCGGAGGCCUACGGCUCUACUCAGCACCUGCCCUACUCAGAGGUGGUGACUAGUGCUCCAGGGACCAUGACACGGCCCCGGGCUGGAGUGCAGUGGGUGCCCACCUACCGCCCAGAAAUGUACCAAUACAGUCUGCCCCGACCGGCUUACAGGUUUUCCCAGCUUCCUGAAAUGGUCAUGGGCUCUCCCCCGCCACCUGUACCUCCCAGGACAGGCCCUGUGGCUGUGGCUUCCCUCAGGCGGUCCACAUCAGAUAUCGGCAGCAAGACCCGGAUGGCUGAGUCCACAGGCCCUGAGCCCGCCCAGUUGCAUGACAGUGCCUCGUUUGCCCAGGUGUCCAGAGGUCCCGUGUCCGUGACGCAGUUGGAUCAAUCGGCUUUAAAUUACUCAGGUAACACGGUGCCAGCGGUGUUUGCCAUCCCAGCUGCCAACAGACCUGGCUUCACCGGCUACUUCAUCCCAACACCUCCCUCAUCCUACAGGAGCCAGGCCUGGAUGUCCUAUGCAGGAGAGAACGAGCUCCCAAGCCAGUGGGCUGAUUCGGUCCCUCUUCCCGGGUACAUCGAGGCCUAUCCGAGGUCACGUUAUCAGCAGAGCUCACCCUCCAGACUCCCUCGCCAGUAUAGCCAGCCCACCAACCUUCACCCAAGCCUAGAGCAGGCCCCUGUCCCCUCCACAGCUGCCUCACAGCAGAGCCUGACGGAAAAUGAGCCUCCAGACACUCCGUUGACCAACAUCUCUACCGCAGCCCUCGUGAAGGCUAUCCGGGAGGAAGUGGCCAAGCUGGCCAAGAAGCAGACAGACAUGUUUGAGUUCCAGGUCUAACGCCUCAGCCCUGAGGGAAUCUGCACUUGAAGACUGUGAGACAACAAGCGGGCUUCGGGCUCCUCGGCCCUAAUGUGUGGGGGCUCCAGACAAUGCAUGGGUCUUUCUCAUCCUCAGAUUCUAAAAAUGCCCAGCGGUGGGGCUGCUGGGAAACAGAAAACUUGUGAACAACUGGAUUCUGACUCCUGCAGCCAAUUGUGGGUCAACAAGUCCCUAGCUGGGACCCUGCGUUUGAUGUUCUGUUGGGCUGAAUGUUUGAACUGUGGGUGGAAUUUCCCUAAGGAGCCCUAGUCGUGAGAGGCUCGAGUUAGCCUGCAGGUCCCUGUCCAAUGUCCCAUUUUAGUAAAUCGCCAGAAGGGAGAGAAUGCCUCUCUGUCUUCAGUGACCUCUGCAUGUUCUCUUUCUGUGUUAAAGGCAACACAGGAGUGUGAUUAACCACCAGACUGUACUCUCUCAUUGAGCCAUGACCGUGAUCACUUUAAAAAUCACCUCUAGUCUGUAAGAGAGACGCUGCCUCUCCAGCCAAGAAACUUGAGUCUCUUUGCUUUUAAAGGCUCAUGUUCAAAGUCAAAUGAAUUGGAUGGAAAUCAGUUCCAAUGGCUGUGCCUAUAAAUAGUCCUGACUCUCCCCCUCCACACACACACACCUGUUAAUUAAAGGCCAAGAAAGAGAGACGAUGAGCCAGAAUGGUGGACUUGUGUUGACAGGCUGUUUAAAAAGUGUUGUCAUUUUGGAAAUGAGGUCUCCUGCAAACUGGAUCCAAAUGAAAGAGAAUCGGUGCUAGGAGGCUUGGGAGCCUGUAAAAGAGAAGCAGUUAUGUGUGGAGGUUUCUCUUUGUAUUGAAGAUGGCCUGAGAACCUGGCCAUCUGAGGGAAAUAAUAGAUACAGCAACUUUAACAAGAUGUCUCCUCCAUAGUGGAGUCCAGCAUGUGCUGUGGAAUGGUACAAAGGAAACCAUUACUGGUUACGUUCGAGAUGGGAAAGAUGGAUCCACAGUCACCCCACACUGCAGCCUCUGCUUCUAGAAGCUUCGGAAUGUAGAAAAUCUGAGUUGAGAUGAAAUGCGAAGCAUCUUUUUAAAAGUCUGUGGUGUUCACCAGUUCUCCAUGGUGGAUGGAUGCAGGGGGACAUUGGCUGAGAUGGCAGGAUGCUACCUUGGGAUGGCACUGCUUCAUGCUACUCUCCCUGGCAUGAAGCAUCAGCCUCCAGAGUCCUGGGCAGAAACACUGCCUUGUAGCUCUUGGGUACCGGCCACUGAUGACCCCUCUGUGCAAAUAAAACUGAUUUGGGGUACCACGGGAAAAGGGAACCCUGAGUUUCUUCCCCAAUUUUGGGAGCCAUAUAUGAUGUCGGGGAGGGGAGCUUAUCUGGUGUCUGUUGGAGAAUAUGGUCCUAUCCUGCCUUCACCCAUGACCCAUCUAGCUUUCAGCUGUACCCAUGCCCCUCUGACCCCAUCUAUCCAUUGUCUUCAUGAGUUUCUUUGGCCUUUACUGAAAGAAGAGAGAGGAAACUUAAGAGUAGGAUUGGAACUGAUUAGAAUGGGAGAUUCCAACUGUCAAAGCACAGACUUUCCCAAGAAGCUGUUUUUAUUUCCCUAUGGCAAAUUGUCCUUUCUGGAAUGUUCAGAGAUAUGUCAUGGAAUCUCCAGACAAGUCUCUUGUGGGGAUGAUGUUAGCUAGUGUUCUUUUAGUAUUGCUGGUUGAUCUUUCAUAGUGUUAGUUUUUUGUUACUUAAUAAGAAAUCAGCUAUAAAUAAAAUGUAUUUUUGUAAUUUCCAUGUGUAUAUAUGGUAUAUUUCUACCAAUGGCCAGUUGUAGUCCAAAACUGAAAUCAGCUUGCAGAACACUGUGGACAGUACAAGUUUUUACUGACAGGUUAACACGACGCCUAAGUCUAUCCAAACAGGCAAUCGAUGCACUUGAGUGGACAAAGCCAAAGAAACUCAGCCUUUUCAUGCAAAUGAUGUGAGUCUGAUAAAGCCAGAUGCAUUGUUCCACUUUAUCAAUAAUAUCAAUAUUUCAUCAGUGCAGUGGGAUCAGCACAGUACUGUGUGGACUUGGUAAAUGUUUGGAAUAUGAGAGAAAAGUUUCUAGACUAUAGAGUAUGAAUGCUUCUAAGCUUUGGGUUCCAGUAACUUCUAGAUCAUGAAUCUAGAGUUAGUGGUGUGGCUCCAGAUAGUCAGGACAAUGGAGCUACAGCUCACUGAACCCCAUGAAAUAUUUAGUUCAUUGAGACAAUUAAAAUAUAGCAUGAUAAAUCAGAUACUAUUAAACUAGAUACUGUGGGUUCAAGAAGUCUAUGCGAAGAAAACCUUAAAUUAAUUAAAAAAAAAAUAUGUUCAUGUUUUUCCACCAUCAUUAAAGCCUGCUGGGACUGAGAUGUGGCCCCUUCUCUAAAGAGUCUCCUAACUGUCUAGAGGUGAUAGGUCCCAGGACAGGAGACCAUGAGAAGUUCAGAUGGUCAAUCACUACAUAGAUGUGAACAUGGGGUUCCAAGAGAGCCCAGAGAGGGCAGCGGUGUGGUCGAAGUGUCGUGAUCUUCCAGACAGGCACAGAAGCCAUAGAGGAUUUCAGUGACUUGGAAGGGGAAAGCCAAUGUCCAGACAAAUGAAGGGUUGAGCCCCAGCCUGCUGAUCCAUGCCCCAGCCUGCUCUCCAUUUCACCAUGCUGCCUGUACACUUGUUGGAGACACAUUUCUUUAACUGUGCCCAGAAAUGUAAAAAAUAGGCAAGAGUCAUGUGGGGGACUCCAUAAUACUCUUGCCAAAAGAGGGGGUUGAUCAUUUUUUUUCCCAGAGAAUACCACCGAAGAAACAAUGUCCUUGGUUGGAAGCCAGUGGAGGUAACUUACUCAUUCAGCACCAUGGGUCAAAAAGGCAGGCCAGGAUGUACUGACACUCUGUCCGUUCAUCAGGUGACCUAGUAGGGCAAGAACAUAAAGCUCCAUUGUGUGGCCUGGUGCCUGUGACCCAAGGCUUAUGCAGGAACAAGAUGGCAACUGUGAACUAUAGACUGGGAAGUUGCCUCUUGAAGGGUUCAAGGCAACUCACUGUCCCAGGGGAAGUAAUGCUGUGUACUUGUUAUUUUAAGAGCCCAGGGGGAAAAAAAGACAAAUACCAAAAACAUGUAAUUUCUAAAUAAUUUUUAGUCAAUAAAGGAAAUUAUAAAAUCUGUGAUUAAAAAGAAAACCUUCUGUGAGAGUAGGUAGAAUGGAAGAUGUGUGAAAUUCUUACAUCUAAGUAAAAGAAAUACUUCCCAGCGAGGCAAAAAUUGAAAUGGAUCAAAAAAUAUUGAUUUCAUAUAAAUGAGCCUCAUUUUUUCCACAUAACACACAAAUGCUCAAAGUUAAGUGUAUAAUGAAUGUAAUAGAAGUUUUCAAGUUUGAGAAAAAGAUUUGAACUUAGACCUGAAUUUAGAAUUUGGACUUCCCUUUCAAAUUACAGUCCAAGACUCUCAAGGUGUAAGUAUAAUUUAGCUUGUCACUGACUGGGUCCAAGAAUUAGGAGUUAGAUUCUGCCAUCUAGGCCAACCUCAAAGGUGUUCCAGUGUUGGAACUUCUCAAGGACUAGAAACCUGCUCAGCCUUACUUCAGCGCAGGGGCUGACGGAAAGACAUGGGGGUAAAUUACAGAAGCAAAGGGCCGAUGUGGCAAAAGGCAGGUGGCCAUUACCCAGCGCUUCUUCCUGAUGGCUCUUUCUCCGGCCUUCUCUCCCCUCACCGGCUUUCAUCUGCUUCUCUCAACCCAUCCUCUUGCUUGCUCAAACAGCCUACUCACUAGUGCAUAGGAAGCAAAUGCACACCUCAGGACUCACACUACACUUUCCCUUCCCAGUGCAGACUGCUCUCGGAUUAGCAUCUUUGAGCCCCCGUUAGGCCAAUGCUUGAGAAUCUGGUUCAGUUCCUAACUAUCUGCCUGUGGCUAAGCUGCCCUCAGGUCAGGUGCCCAUCCAGUCAGCUGUAAGCAAAGAGACAGGGUUAUGUUCUGCAAGUGCGGUCCCUCAGUUGACCCGUUUGGCAGGAGCUCUUGUUGAGGGUUGGUACCCAGAGGAAGGAACAUGAUCAGUGAGCAGGAGCAGGACUCUCUAAAGGAGCCUGCCACAGACUGGAACUGACCAUACCCCUAAGAUCCCACCGGGCAGCCAGCCCUCUAGAUACUGCCCCUCACCCCGGGCAAGGCAUCUCCCACUUGUACAUCAGGUGAGAGUGCACACACUUGGACCCCCUGUAGACGGGCUAGACUACCCCCAGAUACCUCCCACCCCACCCACACUAGUUCCUGAAUGCCACUGCUGGGCCACAGCAGAGAUCUCUGACCAAGGCCCGGUUAACUUAGUGUCUUGCUCAGCUCAGCAGACAAUACUUGUAAAUUGAAUUGCAUGGUCUUAGCCCAGGUGCUAUUAUUGUGGCUCCCAGCCACACAUUUGCAUGGAUGAGAAAACUGAUGAGCCUUGCCGUGGAGUCUCUUUGAAACAAAAUUGGUUUCCAGUGAAAGGGAUGCUACCUACCAUGACUCUGACCUUCUGGCUACAAGCAGUUAGUGUCCUGAGAACUGCAAGGUCUCCUGACUGCUGACCUGAACUGUUACAGAAUCCUAGGUGGCAGUCAAUACUGAAAUGUAGGUGUUUCUGAAAAGGGGUGUUUAGGAAACUAAUUGUACCAGAAACAAAUUCUCUUAGAAGAUGUUGAGUUGCUUUGAUUCUGUAGGUUUCAAAAGGAGGGAAGUUUCGAGAAGGUGGAAUUUAGCCUCAGAGGUCAAACCCAUACUUGAGUCAGAGCCAUCCUAUUAGAAGUCUAGAACAUCCUGAUAAAUCUAGAGACUAAUUGUUUCGUCCUCUGGCCUUGCUCAGGCUCUUGUAAAUGAUGGAAGGAGGCCAUCCAAUGUACUUUACAUAAAUUAACCAUGGCCUCACCUUCCUCUCCUUUGUUUCUUCUUUGGGUCUAAACUCAUCUCCACCCUCACUUAAAUUAAGGAGAGAAAAAAAAAAAGGGAAAUGUACCAAACAAAAUCAGAGGAGUGUUGUUGGACUGGAAAUUUUGAGAAGGUGUAAAUACUCUAGAACUUGAGUGACUGACUUUGAACUAGUCUGUGACUCCUCGUGGGUCAAAUGGGAAUAAUAACAUCUGUACUUCCUACCUCCCAUGGCGGUUGUGAGGAGCGUGUGUACAAUGUGUCUGAACACGGUUUGGAAAGUGUACUGGAAGAAUUUGCUAUUAAAACUAUCCGUUUCAGAGUUCGGUUUGAUCCAGCUCCUGCUACCCACUGAGGUAAUUUGCGUUGUCAUGUGUUCAAUGACACAAUUUCUUAUCAAGGAAAAAUAAAAGAAUUCUGCAGUUUGUAAUAGCCCGCAAAAGUCGGCCCACAUGGAGUUGCUGUUAACGUUGUUUGUCGCCUGUGGUUUGGAGGUGAUGGAAAUGUUUCUACAUGUGCUUUGACUCUGGGUGGAAAAAACCCAGACUGUGAUUCUCUCAAACCACUUUGGAUGCAUUGGGCAAAGUACCGAACAGGAGCUUUGAAUGUAGCUGUUAUUUCAAUGCUUUGCUUUCUAAUUAACUUUGUACGUCCUUUGCCUCUGCCGGGAACAGAGUGUUCAUACGCUGUUAGAAUUUUUUAUUGUAAAAUAAAAUGACAAAGGCUUUCAUACCCCCAAA